AUGUCGGAAAGUGGAUGGAACACGAUAGAUUCUGAUGCUGGUGUUUUCACGGAAUUAGUUGAAAAAUUAGGUGUUUCAGAUAUUGAGAUUAACGAUUUAUAUUCAAUAGAUUCGGAUACAUUAAGGCAACUAAAACCAAUUUAUGGAAUAAUAUUUUUGUUCAAAUAUGGCAGUCUAGAUAGAGAAUUUGCCAAAUCGAAUAAACCUAUAAAUGGAGAAUAUGAUUCAAAUUACAUGGAUAAUGGAAUAUUUUUUGCAAAUCAAACUAUUCAAAAUGCAUGUGCUACUCAAGCUGUUUUAAAUAUCUUGUUCAAUGUUGAAGAUUUAGAAUUAGGUGAAGAAUUAAAUAAUUUCAAAUUAUUUACAACAGGUUUCGACGCAGAAAUGAUUGGUGAAACUAUAUCCAAUAGUGAGACGAUACGAUUUGUUCAUAAUUCUUUUCUGACACCUACAUUAAUUCAUCAGGAUGAUAAACCAAAACCUAAAAAUUAUGAUGAAAAGAAUGAUGGGUUGUUUCAUUUUGUUGGAUAUAUUUUUAAAAAUGGGCGUAUUUAUGAGCUAGAUGGAUUAAAGCAAUACCCGAUAUUACAUGGAGAAUGCAAAAAUCAAGAUGAAUUUAUUGAUAAAAUUCCAACAAUUGUACAAGAAAGAAUUCAGAAAUACGAUUCAAGCGAAUUGAGAUUCUCAUUACUCGCUAUUACAAACAAUAAAUUACAACAAGCCCAAUUAGCUGGUGAUGAGAUGGAAGUUGCUAAUCAAAUUUCGAAAAGAGAAAAUUGGCAGAAAGAAAAUGAAUUAAGGAAACAUGAUUACACUGGGCUCAUAGUUCAGCUCAUCAAAAAUAUAAGUAAGGAAAAAAGUGAUGAAGAAUGGGAAGCUUUGCUACAAAAUGGAAGAAAUAAAACUCAACAAAUGAUAGCUCAAUCCAUACGAAAACAAUAG